AUGGGAAUGACCAGGAAGCCAUACAGAUACACCCGGCCCCUCUUUCCUGAAACAGCACAAGAGGCCAAUGGGACUGGGGAGGAAGAUGAGGGUGAUGGGGUCUCCACCCCCACUCAAAUGCCUGUGGAGCUCCUGGGCAGUGUCCAAGGGGAUCUGUGCAGGCACACCUGCCUUAAGGAAGACAAUGGCUUUGGUUUAGCAGGUGGUUGCUUAAUGUGCAGUGGAAAAAUGGUAAAAUAAUUGCAGGGUCAAUGUUGAGUGAAGUUUCAAUCUGUGAGCAAGUCAAGGCUGGAGCCAGACAGCAAAAUGAUGGAGAAGAUUCAGAAGGCACUCACGAUUCGAAGUGUCACCAUCAGGGAGAUGCUGGCAGAAGCGCUGGGGAUGUACAUCCUCAUGGUCUUGGGCUUGUCUUCUGUGGCACAAGUGGUAUUAGGGAGACAAAACUUUGGGCAGUAUCUGAGCAUCAACUUGGCAUUUGGCAUUGGUGUUACCCUGGGCAUCCAUGCAGCUGGAGGAAUCUCUGGAGCUCAUCUGAAUGCUGCUAUCACCAUCACACACUGCAUUCUAGGAAACCUGCCUUGGAUAAAGCUCCCAGCUUAUGUGAUCGGCCAGUUCCUGGGCUCCUUUACAGCAGCAGCCACUGUCUUUGGCAUCUACUAUGAUGCUCUGUAUGACUACUGCAAGGGGAACUUCACAGUGACAGGACCAACUGCCACAGCAUCCAUCUUCUCCACUUACCCUGCUCCCUAUAUGUCCUUGCCUGGAAGCUUCUUCACAGAGUUUCUAGCAACAGUGAUGCUGCACUUGGGCAUUCUGAUCAUCCACGACGAGAAAAACAACAGGGCCCUGAGAGGCACAGAGGCCCUGCUCACGGGUAUCCUUGUCCUGGGCAUUGGCAUGGGGAUGGGGAUGAACACAGGCUAUGCCAUAAACCCCUCCCGAGACCUGCCCCCCAGGAUCUUCACAGCAAUUGCUGGCUGGGGAACUGAUGUCUUCACGGCUGGACACUACUGGUGGUGGGUCCCAAUCACAGCACCAAUUCUGGGAAGCCUGACUGGUGUUUUCAUCCACAAAAUCUUCAUUGAUUUUCACAACCCACCUGUCACAGGAUGUGGAAAUGAGAAAGGACAGACAGCAGUGGAGGUUUCUACAUUUUGAUGGCCACAUGCUUCAAGGAAAGGACAUGACAUCGAAGCCUACGUGGAUGUACGGACUGACAGUCAAAGGGUAAACAAGUGGGUAAGGGCAUGUGCAAUAAUGCUGCUGGAACACACCAGUUCUUUACCCUGCUGGUGGAGAACUGUGGGACUGGUCUUCAAUAAACUCUUCCUGAGCAGACAAACUGGGUCUCUAACACGCUGGACAGGCCUGGCUAGCGCUAGACCUGUUUGUGACCUGAAGAAAUUCUUCAGUCUCUCUGUGUAAAUGUCCACCGAAGAUAAAUUCAUCACAUCCUGGAGAAAAGCAAAGCAGAGCUGCAAGACUCCAGAUAACUAUGCAUUCAUAGAAUCAUAGAAUGGU